GUUCUCCGUAUAGUUACUAGUUAGCAGUAAUUUUUUUACGACUUGCACUCAUGGUGGUGUGCCAGGAUGGGAUUAUUGUUCAUGAACAACCUUUGUCUUAUGAGGAGCCUGAUGUGCAUGAAAAUAUGCAUCUUGAUGUAGACGAUAUGUCUUAUGAGGAGUUGUUGGCCCUGGAGGAUCAAAUUGGAAAUGUGAGCACUGGAUUGAGUGAGGAAGCUAUUUUGGCAGCUGUGAGGCAGCAUUGUUAUCUGUCAAUGAAAUUAGGACCUCCAGUGGAAGAGGAACCGUGUUGUAUUUGUCAGGAGGAUUAUGUUGAUGGAAAGGAGCUUGGUAAGCUGAAUUGUGGGCAUGAGUUUCACUUCAAUUGCAUCAAACAAUGGCUCGUGCAGAAGAAUAACUGUCCCAUUUGCAGAAAGACUGCAGUGGUUGUUUGAGAGAUCAUCAGUUUCAAGGAACUCUUAUCCCAAAUCAGAGAUCAUUUGCCAAUCAGUUGUCCCUGUAAACUUCUCUCCGGUCCCUUUGACAUCUGAACUUAUACCAUAGGCUUGCCAUUUCCUUUUGUUUGUUUCUUCUUUUUUUUUUGCCUUUUCUUAGCUGAGAAAGUUUUCGUUUCAGUCAUGUGCAAGUUUGAGCUAAUAUGUGUUCUUUUAUAUAAAUUCUCAGUUAAUUCUCUCUCUCUAGUUAAUUUUUCAAUCUCUGUUCCUAGUUAAAUUCUCAAUUUA